AUGGUUACUACAGUCAAAGCUGAGGGUGCACACAGCAGCAGGACGUCCCCCACCAGCGGCUCCGCUGAGCCGAGGACCACAGGCAGCCAGCUCGCACCUCAGGACCCGUCUGUACCUGGAGCUCCAAGCAGCCACAACGUCACCACGAGCCCUGUGAGCCCAGAGGCUGGGAGCCAAGCCCCCGGGCACACCACAGAGCUGCCCGGCACCACGAAGCCUAGUGUUUCUCUGGUCGUCUCCACCAGCUUCCAGCUGUCCAGCCAGACGUCGCCCAAGUCCCCAGAGGGACAGCAGCACAGCAUGUCCACGGGCAGCCCGGUCACCAUGUCUGGCUCCAGCCUCUCCACACCUCCAGGAAUGCCGACGACACUGAAUCCGCCGGCCAGCUCAGCAGAAACUCAGCAGACGCCCAGCUCGGGACCAACCAGUCCUGCCAGCCCCUCCUUCCUCUCUCCCUCCUCGACCUUCCACUCCUCCCUAGCACCGCAGCCCUCGAGCCCCUCGUGGGGAACCGAGGCAGCCACCUCCAGCGGCCCCACAAGCUCCAGCUCGAAAAUGGCCUCAACCAGCCACCACCGGCCCAGCACGCCUCUUCCCACCUCAGUGGUCCGAGACAGCAGGGUGAGCUGCGGGCCUCCUGAAGCACUGACCAAGCACCUGCUUGUCCUCAACCUCACCAGGAGCAGCCCCUGCACAGAGAGCCUUCCAGAAGACACGUUGGUGACCCUGCUGUGCCAAGCAGCCAAGCCCACCUUCAACUCCACUCGGGACCAGUGCCAUGUGAAGCUGGCACCCAUCCUGGGAAGUCAAGUGGUGGCAGUCAAAGAGAUCACUAUCAAGACGAAUCUGCUCCCACACGCCGUGUUUGAGCUGCUCAAGGACAGAUGGGAGGACCUGAAAGAGGAGGGCGUCAGGGACAUGCAGCUGGAGGAGCAGGGGCCACCGGAGGAGGCCGAGGACCGCUUCAGCCUGCCGCUCAUCAUCACCAUCGUGUGCAUGGCGUCCUUCCUGCUCCUCGUCGCAGCCCUCUAUGGCUGCUGCCACCAGCGCCUCUCCCACAGGAAGGACCAGCAACGACUCACAGAGGAGCUGCAGACUGUGGAGAAUGGUUACCAUGACAACCCAACCCUGGAAGUGAUGGAGACGUCAGCCGAGGUGCAGAAGAAGGUGGUCAGUCUGAAUGGGGAGCUGGGGGACAGCUGGAUCGUCCCCCUAGACAACCUGACCAAGGACGACCUGGACGAGGAGGAAGACACGCACCUCUAGGUGCUCUGCCGCCACCUGCCCCGGCGCUGCACAGCUCCACACUGACCACCUGAAGUGCCAUCGGACAGGGGAAGGACAGUGCCUUCCCAUUCCGGGAGGGAGGGAUGGGGGCGUGGACUCCAGGGUGCCCCCAGGGCCUUACUUUUCCCUUUUCAAGCUGAACACAUCACACUCUGUCUAGAUUCCUCUUAUAAAACAACCCACUAGUGCCUGAGCUCAGUGCUGCUGGAAGGGCAGAGGAGGGGCAGGCGAGGGCCA